CGAAAUGUUUCGCCACACCACUCAGCUCGCAACAACCGCUCGUCAAGUCGCUAAGGUCUCUUCCCAGCGCGGCUUCGCUGCUUCCUCACUGAAAGUGGACAAUCCAUACACGGGCGAGACCUUCUGCGAGGUCGCUUAUGACUCGAAGGCUGAGGCGCACGCCAAGCUCGAUGCGGCAGUGAAGGCUCAGCUCGAUUGGAAGAACGUGCCACUCAGGGAGCGUCAGGCGCUGUGCACCAAGUGGAUUGCCGCCCUCAAGAGCAACUCCGAAUCCAUUGCACAUGAGAUCUCUGGCAUGAUGGGGAAGCCUGUGCAACAAGCUCGCAACGAGGUCAACGGUACCAUUGACCGUGCCAAGGCUCUCAUCUACCUCUCCAACGAGGCCCUCCGCACAGAUUCAUUCCCGGAAGAGAAUGGACUGUUCCGCCAGAUCACGCACGAUCCUGUCGGCGUCGUUUAUGUUAUUGCUCCAUGGAACUAUCCUCUCAUGACAGCAGUCAACUCGAUCAUCCCCGCUGUUUUGGCCGGUAACUCGGUGCUGCUAAAGCACUCGCCUCGCACUCCUCUAUGCGGAGAGCACUAUCAAAAGACGUUCGAGCAAGCGGGCUUCCCGAAGAACGUGCUCCAGUCGUCAUUUGUUGAGCACGACACGGCUUCAGAGAUCAUCCAGCGCCCGGAGACGGCAUUCGUAUCGUUUACGGGGUCUGUCCGAGGCGGACGACAAGUACAACAAGUAGCAUCCCAACGCUCCAUCGAUGUGACUUUGGAGCUGGGCGGAAAUGACGCUGGAUACGUGACUGCUGAAGCUGACGCUGAAGCCGCAGCAGAGGGCCUUGUGGAUGGUGUUUGCUACAAUGCCGGUCAGUCGUGCUGCGGUGUGGAGCGGAUCUACGUCCACGAGUCCAAGUACGACCAAUUCUUGGAGAAGGCGAAGAGUUUGUUUGAGGCCUACAACUUGGGUGACCCGACGGACGCCAACACUUCGAUGGGUCCGAUGGCACUUCCUACUGCUCCGGAAAUGCUCGAUGCUCAUGUGAAUGACGCAGUGGCGAAGGGUGCUCUACAGCUGACGGGAAGCGGAAUCUCGGACGCAGCUGGAAAAGGCCGCUUCUACUCGCCUACCCUGCUUGCGAACUGUAAUGACUCCAUGGGCAUCAUGACGGAGGAAUCCUUCGGACCGAUUGUCGGUGUUGAACGUGUGUCAUCGGAUGCUGAAGCCAUCAAGAAAAUCAACGACAGCAAGUACGGACUGACAGCGUCGGUAUUCUCAUCAGACCGUGAGCACGCUAUGGCUCUGGGCUCGCAGAUUAGCGCUGGAACGGUGUACAUGAAUCGAUGCGACGUGCUUGACCCCUAUCUCCCGUGGACUGGCAACCGUGACUCCGGCAAGGGCGUCAGCCUCUCAAAGCACGGAUUCCGUGGCGUCACGAAGCUCAAAGCGGUAAGUGCUAUGGAACUUCCAUCAUGCUUUCUCUACUGUCCUUCCCAACACCUACGAGGAAAUCACCAAUAG